CUCUGAGUUCGUUUUUAUCGACAUCAUUCACUUUUCUGCAACAGAACAAGUCGAAUCUUUUCAAAAUGUUUAAACAGAUCAUCUUUACCGCCCUCCUCGCCGUGGUUGCUGCCAAACCCGGCAUCCACUCAGUUGCAUACCCCGCAGCCCCUGUGGUUGCCGCAGCAUACGCCACCCCUGUUGCCGCAGCAUACACCGCACCAGUUGCCGCAGCGUACGCCGCCCCCGUUGCCGCAGCCUACAGUGCCCCAGUCGCCGCAUACGCUGCCCCCUACGCCUACAGUUCACCGUUGGUGGCGGCCGCUUACAAAGCUCCAGUUGCUUUCCUGAAGUGAUAACGAUCUCCGACUGACCGAUACAUGAUUAAAUAAUUAUGAAGUUAA